GUGACGUUCACUUCCUCCAUACCGGAAGUCCUGUAACGGCUGGUCAUAAUAAUAAUGGCCGCCGAGCUUAUUUUCAGUAUUUCCAUAAACUGCCCCAUCACCAGCGGGAGGUUACGGGCGAUCCUCUAGCCGCCCUGAAUCCUGCGUUAGCACCGUUGUUCCUCUUUCCUCUGGGCCUGACUGUUAUCCACAAUGAUUUGCCAGAGGGCCUGUUCGAUCACAGCCAGCCUGAUGUAACCUCUCCAUCUGCACAGAGCCACCUCAGGACGGGAUGCGCCUCUAUACUGCCUGCUCUACACUGCUGAUAUAAUCACAGGGCUGCUGAAACUUUCCUGGUAGUAGUACAGAAGCUAUGUCGGGUUCAGGGGACUUACCAGCUAUCGAAGGUUCCGGGAUGGGAGGGAUGAAGCUUCCCAUCGGGAUGACCCGGAGGGCGAUAAGCUAUGACGACAAUCUGGAGACCCCCAUGUCCACGCCCCCCCACGACAUCAACAUCACCAACCUUUGGAGACGCCCAGUCGUGCCGGACAGGAAGUUCAACCAUCUGGCUGAGGAGGAAGAAGGCGGUGGAUCUGUGCGUCAGUCUAAUUUUUCCAACAGCCCCCCCUCCAGGUCACAAAGCGUGGUGAAGACCAAGGCCUCCUCCAUGAUCCUCAACUCUCUCAUCACCAAGCAGAGUCAUGAAAGCAUGCACAAGUUUGAGCAAAAGGCGGGGCUGACGGACUCCAGCUACAUGCCUCACAAAGGCCUCAAUGCAGAGGAGACGCGCCGCCUCCACCGUAUGCCUGAAUCCUUCCAGAAAAUGCAGAUCCAGAACAUGGAGACCCGAGAGGAGCACCAGAGCUCCUCGGCCCAGUCCACUCCAACCACCACUCCGCACAGCUCCCCUACACAGCAGCGCAGGACCUGGUUUAGCAGCACUAGCUCUGACAUCAGCGUCAGCUCUACAAACAGCAGCGUGGACCUUGGAGGAGGUGAUGCGGCGGGAGGAGGCGUGUUGGAACGCUGGGGCGUGUUUGGGCCACGGCCUCUCGUACAUAAGUCAACCUCGGACCUGGGCUCCGAUCCCUCUAAUGCAGCAGGAUUUGCACUGCAGGUGUACCGCGGCGCCCAGAAGCCUAGCGCCAUGGAGGUCAUGAAGGCCCAGGCCACUCGACUGGCCGACGGCCCAGACGCCCAGAAAGUAGGGCCACCCAAAAUGGAGAUCCCGAUGGUGGAGGGUCGGCGACAGGGGGCGCGCCCGCACAAGCUUAAGCCGCGAGAUAUGAACAUCCUGACGCCCUCCGGCUUCUAGACGCUGGUGAAGUCUUAAGUCUGAUCUGUUACCUGAUUGGCCGCUCCUCCUCAUUAUGAAUGCAUCAUUCAGUUGAGUCAGCUAAUGUGAAACAAGCAUGGCGAUGUCCACAAUCAUUAUCUGACAUAUGUGGUUGACUUUCCAAUUUCACUCACAUAGUGGCAGCUCUUACAGACAUAAAAUUAAUAUUCGAAACUAACGUAAACCAUUUAAUCAAACUCUCAUAGUACGAGUACUGGCAUACAUAUAAUCAUGGCUUAUAUGUUAAAACACUUCCAGUUAACAAAAAUGUCUCCUUGGAAAAUAAUUUGAUAGUAUUUAAUAGUUCCCCGAAAGGGACAAGCGAUAGAAAAUGGAUAGAUGGGUGGAGUUUACUAGUAUUCCUGAACUUUUUGGUCAAAUUCUGAAUUCUACAACUUGAUUCUGCAUUAGAAGUUCUACUGUUAGUGAGGGAGUUAGCGAAUGUGCACCUAAUUUGUAGGCUUUGGGAGAUAUUCUUUCCCACAGGCAAUAACGGAAAUGUAAUUGAUACUGUACAAGUCGGACUUAAUAUGCACAUUUUCAUGAAAAUUGUGUUCACAAAAAACUAACUUCAGGCACAUCUCAGCAGGCUCAAGACAUCAAAACUUGUUGAAUUAGGUCCUGACGUUUAGCAACUCAAACCUAAAGUUGGAACAACAUGUUUUUUGACAACGUUUAAUCAAUGUUAGGGUAAGACGUUGAGUUGACCAUUGAAAUUUGGUCAUUUCCCAACAUCAACGUUGUCUCAAUUUACAAAUACAACUAUUUUUGCAACGUUUUUCAAAGUCAAUCAUCAAUCAAUCAAUGUUUACUUAUAUAGCCCUAAAUCACUAGUGUCUCAAAGGGCUGCACAAACCACCACGACAUCCUCGGUAGGCCCACAUAAGGGCAAGGAAAACUCACACCCAGUGGGACAUCGGUGACAAUAAUGACCCAGUGACAAUGAUGACGAUGAGAACCUUAGAGAGGAGGAAAGCAAUGGAUGUCGAGCGGGUCUAACAUGAUACUGUGAGAGUUCAAUCCACAAUGGAUCCAACACAGUUGCGAGAGUCCAGUCCAAAGCGGAUCCAACACAGCAGCGAGAGUCCCGUUCACAGCGGAGCCAGCAGGAAACCAUCACAAGCGGAGGCGUAUCAGCAGCGCAGAGAUGUCCCCAGCCGAUACACAGGCAAGCAGUACAUGGCCACCGGAUCGGACCGGACCCCCUCCACAAGGGAGAGUGGGACAUAGAAGAGAAAGAAAAGAAACGGCAGAUCAACUGGUCUAAAAAGGGAGUCUAAAAAGUCAGUUUUAAAGGAUGCGUACGUAUAAUCAAUGUCUUGUGCCUGCUGGGAUGCGACCUUAGCUACCUAAGGGACCCCAGUUACGGUUACUGCCGCCACUACGGUGCGUUCACUAUAAUCUCGCAAAAAAAAUAUUUUGUGACCUUUAUUAUUUAAGUCCUAAAAUAUUCUUAUCCAAAGCAACACAUUUUACAUGUACUCAUAUGCGGCUUUAUGAAACUUUCCAUAUUUCAUUUUAAAUGUACUGAAACACAAUUUUAAUUGCACUUUAGCUUCCUGUCUAGCACCAGAGAUAUGAGUAUUUUUCUUCGUCAUUCUGCACUGCAAAUUAAUGACUUAUGGAAUCAAAAUAUGUCGUGAAAAGGAGAAAAUAUAUAAAACAUGCAGACUCCCACGAUUAAAUAUUAUAGUCUUUGUUUUAUUUUGUUCAACGUUGCCUCUGUAUUAUUUAGAUGUUUUAAUGAAUAUACCUGUAUUUGUAGUGAAAGGAUUACAUUUCUUGUUUUUGUCGUCAGAUUUUGUUUUGAGAAAAAAAAACCUUUUGCUUUUCAAUGUUGGAAUUUUUUUGUCAGAAAAAGAAGCUUUAAAACCAACAAUUAGAUCCAUACUGCGAUGUCAAAAUAUUUUUCAGAGGUUUUUAGUUUUGAGGUUGGAUUUCCUGUUAGUAAAGCAUUGUUAUUAUUGCACUUAUUAUUUUUUUUUAAUGAGGAUCAGUCGCUUUACUGGCAAAAGAGACUGUUACGUACCUGUUACCCCUCUAUGGCGUUCCUGUAAGCCGGCUGUGGCGUCCCCAAGUCCUUUAGAAAACGCAGCAGCUGUGAAUAGUAAAUGUCUUUCUGUCUGUGGGACUGAAGGCUGUCUCUAAAUUUAAUCUGUUCACGAGACUUUGGCUUGAUUCAGAAAGUCUCAAUGUGAGAAUAAACGCAAAAUUCUCAUCUAAA